CCCUGCAAACCCGGCUUGCUGUUUUGCAGAAUUUUCGCAGUUUGCCGGCAAAGGAUGAAGUGCGCAGUUCGCAUCUGCGGCAACAGACCCGUAUACAAAAACGUAGCCAAAGAUCCCGGUAAACACCACACCGUUUUCUCCACUUUUCCAAGUGCCCGCGAGACUUUCCACAGAAAAAACGACCCAGCCCUGCCGAAUCUGGAGGAAUCCCAUUAUCUGUGGCGAACUUUUUAAAGAUGAGGUCUUCCAGGGCAGCCAGUGAUUUAAAAUGGGGAAACCUGCCAUACAAAAACAAAGGCCAUGUGGAAAGGCAGAAGAACAAAAAGCUGGCUGAGCUGCUCUUGGCUGAGGCGGAGGAUAGUGAUGCCACUCCCACUGUUUCCACCAUUGCCACUCCCACUCAAGACAGUGCAUUCUUUGAUAGCCACUCCGACGAAGAAAGCAGUGUAACCCAGAACUCAGAUCAGCUCCCAGGAAGCAAGUGCCGCACUUGCCUUCGAAUCUUAUCACUAAACACCAAUGUCAAGGACCUUUACGACAAGGAUAACGUUGGGCUUCGCUACGACAUAGAGUCGCUCACUGGAGUGUGGAUACAAAGAGGAGUGCAAAUAUUACCUCAUCACAUCUGCGAAACUUGCCAGGAUGCGCUGAAGAGAUCUAUUGCUUUCCGUGAUAAAUGCAUUCAGAUUGAUAAAAACCUUAACCAAAGUACAGAACCAGUCUUUAAAAAUUAUUUCCAAAAUUGUGAUGACGAAAUGGAGUCGGAGCUAGAAAAUGUCCUCUACGAACAGUCCGCCCAGCAGUCCAAUGCAGCUUUGGGAGUAGAUUUAAAAAUUGAUUUUUGGUCGGACAGUGAGUGUGUGCUAGAUGAAGAGGACUUCCCACUAGAACUAGAGUCAAAUGAUUUAUCGUUUGAAGAAGAUGAGAGAUCCGUGAAUGAAGAUUUAAUAUUCCCUCUAAAGGAAACUGAUAACUUCUUGGAAGAAAAAAAAUCAUCGAGAGAGCCAAAGCAUGCUUGCAAUGAGAUUGUAAGCAUUACAAAGUGUGCAACUAAAGAGGAGAUUGGAAACAUGGUGGCUCCCGGAGCCCAGGUCUAUAAGGUAGUGCUAAGUGAAUGCAAUCGCAAAGAUGAGACCAAGCCCUCUGAACCAAAAGACAAACCACCAAAGUAUUCGCUGCCUUUGCCAAAAUACAAACCAAGGUUAAGCGCGGAGGAAAAGAAAAGAAGACGGCGCGAAAGGGUUCAGGCCAAGCCAUUAAAUCAUGUCUGCGAUAAGUGUGGUCACUCCUUCCGUCAAUCUGGCCAGCUGCAGAUGCACCUGCUCCGGCACAAUAGCACCAAAAACUUUGAUUGUCCCGAGUGCCCAAAGAAGUUCUACGACUCCUAUUCCCGCAACAUUCACUUAAAGGUGCGACACAAGGGGGUUAAACCAUUUCCAUGCAACCAUUGCAACCAGUCGUUCGCAAGCGGAAGCGGUCGUCACAGGCACGAGAGGGAAGUCCAUGGUGCAGAAAAUCGCAUCCUGACGCGACAUAAAGUGACUGAAGCCGUCGGUCGACACUUUUGCACCAAGUGCACAAAGAGUUACACCUCCAAGAACGCUCUAAGUUAUCAUAUGAACUCCCACAACGGAACCAGGCCCUUCAAAUGCAAAGUUUGCGGCCGUGGGUUUGCAGACCCAUCCGCUUUGAGGCGGCAUCGUGUAAAACACGAUAAGUUUCCGUAUCACUGUGAAUUCUGCCUCAGAGGAUUCUUGCUGCGCUGCAAACUAGCGGAACACCAGUUGGUACACACUGGAGAACGUCCUUACUGUUGUGAAUUCUGUGAUGUUCACUAUCGUCAUAGGUAUAAUCUAACCAAACACUACAACAGCAACAUGCACAAGAAUAACGUGCUAAAAGCUCAGGAAGCGGAAUAUAAUGGACUGCAGAAAACACUUAACGAUUUUUUGAACUUAUAAAUCUUAAGCACAAUAUUAUACAAUUUUCUUUAGAAUCUCUGACAACACAUCACUUAAUUAGGCUUAAAUCAAAUGCUCAAGAGGUACCAAAACUCAGGAAGAAAUGCACAUAUAAACGCAUUUUUUUUGGUAUAUAUAUACAUAUUUACACUCAUUUACUUAAAUGGCACAUUACUUUAAAAUUUAAUGAGAACUGCACAAUUAGCAAGUGCCAAAGUCUUAAAAGAGAAAAAAUUGAAGUCAUAUAUAUAAAUUUGAAAAAAAUGUGAAUUUCUUACUCAUAAUAAUAUUACAUUCCAAAACCAGGAAUAUAAUGCAUUUAAUAACGAUAAACAGGGGUAGGCUGAUUGAAGAAAGGACUUGACUUAAAUUGUUAAAUUAUACAUAAAACUUGUAUACAAAUAUCUGAAAUAAAGAAUAUCAAAUUUAAUUUAA